AUGAAUACCGGAUUUGCAAUUAACGAUUGCACCCUCUAUGUUGGAGAUCUUCAUCCUCUGGCUACCGAUGAAAUGCUAAUUUCCCUAUUCUGCGAAUUUCAUCCGCCUGUAUUCUGCCAGGUUGUAGUAGAUCCUGAUACUAAUAUAAGCCGAUGCUAUGGAUUUGUUGGAUAUCAAACUCCUGAACUUGCUCGCGCGGCAAUUGAAGCGUUGAAUUACCACGAAGUGCUUGGCAAACCGGUGAGAAUAAUGUUGAAGCGUGACGAUCCAAGUGACCUUGAUAGCGGAAGGGCUAAUCUUUUCGUUAAAAAUUUUCCAAAGAAUUUUACAGAGGCGGAUCUUAACUCGGAGUUUCGCGCUAUUGGACCUGUUCUUUCCGUGAAGAUAUCACGAACCGCUCAAGGAGAAUCGAAAGGAUACGGCUAUGUGCAGUAUGAAAAGGUGGAAGAUGCAGAAAGGUGCAUUGCAACUAUGAAUGGACGGAAACUUGGGGAUCAAGCGAUUUUCAUAGAGGCAUACAAAGUGAAGAAGGAUCGAAUAUGCUCUUCUAAUGCUUUUAAAAAUCUUAUCGUUAAGAAUCUUCGCUCAACUAUGAAUGAGGAGCAACUAAAGGAGGCUUUCAAAGAAUUCGGUGAAAUUACUAGUGUAUGCAUAAUGAGAGAUGAGGUGGGAAAUUCAAGGGGAUUCGGAUUUGUUGCCUUCAAGGAACAUGCAAGCGCUCAAUCGGCUGUCAUCGCAAUGAAUGGGAAAAAUUGUCAAGGAUUGAUUCUUAGUGUCAGUGAGGCCCUAACUCCAGCGAAGCGUCAAUUUAUCGAUACCGAGCAGGUGAAAGUUAGUGUGCCUUCAAAUGCCACGACUUAUAAGGUAAUAGUUGAAAAUCUCAGUUCCGACGUAACUCAAGACGAUUUGAAAGAAGUGUUUGCUGAUUGUACAAAUAUGAUUUCAUGUAAUAUUGGUUUAAAAAAUGGUCGACCAACAGGCCUCGCUUUGCUCAAGUUUACUAGCUUCGAAGACGCUACCAAUGCAGUUCGAAUGAAAAAUGGAGCUUUGAUGGGCUCGGACAGAAUUCUUUGUGCUCUUGCCUACUACCAUAAUGAAAUACCAAACGAAACACGGAGCGUCAGCAUCAAACCACCCAUAUUCUUAUGA